CCGCUUUUCAAAAAGUUGCCAUUGUAUUGUGGACAUUGAUACAAUGGCUUCAAACUAGGUGUGACUCGUUAAUGCUAGUAAACGAUAGUCUUAGUAACGAUAAUCAUUGUCUUGUGAUAACUCGUUUUCCAGGGCUCAUGUACCCUACUAGUAUGAUGAUUUCAUAUAUGAACUUAUUUUGGUAAACCUCAUUAAAAAUCUGUGAUAUGUCUAGCCGAUCGCGUCAAAGACGCAAGCGUUUUAUCAGUGGAAGUACUUUGGAUGAGACUUCUUCCUGUCGUGUAAAGAAGAUGUUUAUAAGCACCGUACAUCAUUCCAAAUCACAAUGUAAUGAGCAACAUACUUCUUUACCAUCCUCACCGAAUUCUCCUUUUUUGGACUCCGCAAAUAUACUAUUCCAUAAUUCUGAUAUUGGCUUGAGCACAUAUGUUAGUCAAAAGGAUAUUCCUGUCGAUCGUUCUGAUCCAGUUGAAGAUGAGAACUCAUUCUCCUCAAGUAUGUUUUCUGAAAAACUUGUACAGCCCGAACUAAAUUUAGUUGCUGAACCUUCAUCAACAAAUGAACAUGAUUCUGUGAACCACAAGACUUCCUCUGUUUCCAGUAAAAGGCUAUUAAAUUCUCAUCCUAGUGCUAUGUCGGAUACUGAAUCAGAUAUCAACCUAGAUAGAAUGUUGAUUCAGAGUGAAAGAAUGGUUUUAACACCAACUCCAGUGGCAAUAGACGAUGCAGGCAGCUCUGAGGGCGAAUAUGAAAAUGAAAGUCGAGAACCAUCUGUACAUCAAAAUAAUCCUUCAGUUCAUCAUAGAAAUAUAUCCGGUCAGUCUGGUUUGGUUAGUGUUCCGUGUAACCGAACUUCGGAACUUGUUGAAUCCGAGUCACGGGAAAGUAUAUAUUCCAGCUCAGUUAAGGCUUCCGUUUUUGAUACAAUAUCUCAGUCGACCGAGUGCAGUUCUAACAGGUCUGGGGGCUUGUCGGCACUAAACUCGAAUUUAAACAAACCCCCUGGAUUUGUGGAGUCAUCAACGCCAAAUUGUUUCGUUGCACUGGUAAACUGUAGUCCUCCACUUCAAAUUCUAUCCAGUCAGAAAAUGCACAAAACCGUCAGUUGUCAUCAGACUACUUGUUUUUCCGAAUCUUCAGUUCUACCAAAUACAGAUAAUAUUGGGUAUCAUGAUUCUUCGACUAGUAAUGGGAUGAUUGUAACCUGUGGUCCUCAUUGUUCUCACGGAAGCGCAAAUGCAAGCCCUCAUAGAAAUGAAACUGAGCUGAUAAAACAGAAUCCCUGUAGUUUAAGCAAUCAACCCCAUGACUUUCAUCCAGCAAUAAACGUAAACGACUUUUCAAGAGAAAUUCCUCAUAAUGAAGGUCUAUUAAAACCAGAUUCAUUAUCAUCUUCAAUCUCAGUCAGUAAUAACAACUUUCUCCCUGAUAGAUAUCAGCUGACACAAAAGUCUGAUCAUACCUCUUCAUUUCCCCCUGAUCACAUUUUCAUCAUUACUAUUCCAAAUUCCUCUGAGGUAUCGCCUACUUUUGUUACAAAAUGUAGAUAUUCUGAAAGUAGUCUCUGCGAUUCUCCCUCGUCUCAUAUUGUAAAUAAUAUUCCAAAUCCAGAAGUUGAAAGUCACAGCUAUCCACUUCGAUCUCGUUUACGACAAGCAUCUUUGCGAUUGCAAUGGCAAGCCAUGCAAGUAGCUCCAAAGUCAUUUGGGCAGUUACCUACAGAAGUUGUGUUUCGCAUUAUCCAUUAUUUGAGCAUACAAGAUGUAUUUCGCCUUCAGCGUGUUAAUCAUCGGUUCAAAUCUAUCAUUGAACAGUAUCUUCUAUUGGUUAAGCGCAUUAAUUUUAGUAAUGGUCUUCCGUUCGCAUUCUUACCGGAUUCAAUCACUGAUGUAGCUCUAAAACGUAUGUUAUGUCGCACACCAGAAGUAACACAUAUUCUUGGCUUUUAUCCUCGUAAAAUAGUCGGGUCUUACCCAUCCGACGGGCAGUACUCGAACUUAAGUUCUGGUCAUAAUGUACUAACCUACGGUGGGAUCAUUACAGCCUUUCGACUUUGUCCAAAACUUCGUUCAGUUGAACUGAUGGAUGUCGAAUUGAUGAGUGAAUUGGUUCGUCAUCUCCCACGCAUCAAAUUCCACGGCAUGUUUCGAAACCGCCCAGAUUCUUGGGAUUGUGAAUACGCAGUUCCUCUGCCACCCGAACCAAAUGCAGAAACUAUUUCAAUGGAUAGUGACCAUGACUCUGUGACAAACCUUUCAAAUUCACGUGAUGAGUCACAUGUCGAUUCAAAGCCUAAGUCUCCUUUUGGCAGUUUUAUUAGCACAUUAUUUUGUUCGGCAACUGCGGCUUCAGCGGUGGGAAGUAGUCGUGGUAAGCGAAAAAAUUUGACUCGUUCGAAAUCUAAAAACCAAACAGGGUGUGGAUGUUCCAUGCAAUCUCUCCAAUUUAUAAAUGCAGCACCUUCAUUACCAUUACGCAAGAAUGAAAAUACCCAGUCACUUACACAGAUGGCUGUACAAUCUGCCCAUACGAUUGCUUUACGUCAUGCAAAUUUCGCGAAUUGGUUUGAACCCAUCGGUGAGUUGCCCCUUGGCCAAGGUUCACCUUCUACAGUGCCUCACUUUCUGCCAUCUCGGUUGUUCACUGCAUUUAACGGUGGUCCUAGUUUCCCUGCUGCUCACGAAAAUAUCCCAAUUAAUCCUGUUCAACCUAUGGUGCAGGACUGUUACUCCAGUGCUGUAGAAUCUUUACGCAACAUAUCUGUUUCACAUUUUUUGCAACCCGGUUUACCACCCAUUGAAGCUGAGCUAAUUGCUGUGGCUCCCUUUGGCUAUUCGCGAUGUUCUUUACAUGGUGUAGGAUCCGGCCGAAACAGUAUUCGUAAUGCUCAUGGUCCAGUCUUGGCAUUUGCUUUUGGAGCUAUAUUCGUCCCACCACAAGCAGUUUCACCGUUCAUUUUGCCAUCCAAUAACGCGUCCAACUGUCGCUUUAUCGAUGCAAGACAGUAUAAUGCUGUUCUAUUUGGAGGCAACCUACUGCGCGUAGGACAAGGACCUCAUCUUGCCUUUGAGCGUAUAUUCAACUUCCCACACAAUGUUAAUCAGAAUAAUGCUCCACGUCAACUUCAGUUACACGAUCAGGCAGGAGGGCGAAACCAACAAAGACAACAACCUCAAUGUUUUCGUCGACCACGUACUAACAUAACAAACUUGAAUGCUUCUGGACCAUGGCUAGUUUCUCCAUUGCCUAGUCAAUUACAAUGGAUUAUUUUACCUCAUGCUAUUACAAAUCUAACAAAGUUGGAUCUUGUUUCUGUCGCUAUUAGUGCUAUUCCACGAUUAGAUAACAUUAAAUAUCUACAUCUGAAAUGGGUUGUAUUCGCUUCAGCUGAUCCAUUCUUCAGUUUUUUGGCACCGAAAUUGCAAUCAUUUGUCAUGAACAAUUGUAGUACACCAUCAAGAGUUGUUCGAUUUGUUCGUAUUUUCUCGGCUCUAUCACGUGCUCCUCAGCUUACACGACUUGAAUUGGUCGGUACACGCUUUAUUGAUGGUCUAAUUGGACAUAUAAUUGAUGAUCCUAUGUCACAUGGGCGUGGAUUUCGUAAUCUUCAGCGAUUGGUACUUUCUAGUAACAAAGAUGCAUCUGAAGUAGAUAUUGGAUUAUUGCUGUUGGCUGGUCAACAAUCUUUGAAUCAAAUAGCUUUACAAAUGUUUCAUACAAGAAAUUCAUUAUUUGAAGGUCUUUAUCAUGCUGGUGCUGAAUUUUCACGUCUUGAAAGUCUUACUCUUGGUUAUUUGGAUCCUUACCAGUCACGUUUAACAGUAUCUGAAUUGAUGAGUUUAGGUAUUGGUGAGUCAGCUGAUCAUUUAUCACCUGUUUGUAUGAUAACCGAUUGGGGUAUGGCGUUAGCAUUUUUCAUCUGCCCUCGGCUUGUAAAUAUUACCAUUCGAAAUGCACCAUAUUUAAAUGAUAUAACACGAUGGUUUUCAGCUGGAUUUUGCAAUGAAGAAUCACUUCAUAUUCGACCGACAAUUGUACCUUCUUCAUCAGCUAACGACGAUUCUACUCAACCAACUACCGAUAGUCAAGAGAAUCAUCACACACAAACUAGUGUAACAGACAAGCUUUCAAAAACAUAUUUCUUACCUUUACGAUCUCUCACAUUGGAAAAUUGUCCUGGAAUAACAAUUGAGAAUUUAGAACAUAUUUUACUUAAUGGACAUCCUUUUCCAUGUUUAGAAACAAUUGUCUUAAGAAAUAUGUUUAUGCCUCAAUAUGGUGAAAAUAAAAAUUUCUUACGUACAUCAAAUCCUUGUAUUGUUGUUAAUCAACAUAUUACUACUACUACUGAUGUUGAUGAUCAAUGUAUAGUAGUAGUAGAUUGGCGUAAAUUAAUUCAUUUAUUAUGUUUAUCAGAUUUAUUGAGUACACGUCGAUUAGGUUAUUCAUCUUUAUCACCGGAAGAAGCAAUUGGUUUAAGUGCAUCAAUACGUGAAGUGAAUCAUAUGAAUCCACCACGUGGUUUUCUACCAGAUUCUUUACGAACAAAACCACAUGAUUUGUUUUGUUCACUUCGUGCACAUACCUACUUGAAUAAUUUAUUGGAAUUAGACGGUUCCUGUUCAUGGUCAGCGUCAACACCGACCAGAGUAUUUAAUACACUGUUUUCAGACAACCUCUAUAUCCCGGUGUCAGAUGAUCCCGAACAAUAUUCCAGCAAACCGGUUAACGAUAACAAUAAUAAUAAUAAUAAUACUGACAAUGAAAUUGAUGAUAAUAAUGAUCAUGGUUUUAUGUCACGUUCUACACAAACAUGCAUUUGUGGCAUGUUAGAAUGGGAUGUUACACUGAGAAUGUUACAAUCACAACUGGUUACUGAUCAAAAAACUAUGAAAAGUAAAUUUAUUUCUCCGGACAAUUUGAAAAACAAUCAACAUUGUCAUCCUGUACGUGUUGACACUGAAACUAAUCGAACUAAUGUUCCAAGUAGUAGUAGUAGUAGUAGUAGCAAUAGUUCACAUUCUUCUGGAAAGAAUUUGUUAUUAUUACGUUCAACAGUCAAUCAAAAUAAUGCAUCCACUUCGAUCACAUCAUCUCAAUUACAACUUGGUGGUUCUUUAGCAUUUCAUCCAUUUCCUCCAUCAAUUCAACAUAAAAAUUUCUAUCGAAUGAUUACUAUGUCUGAAUGGAAUCAAUUAAUUAGUAAAAUGUCUACACCAUUUGGUCUUCCAUUAUGUCAAUUGAUUUACCCAGUGACUGGUUCCAAUGAAUGUUCAGGCUGUGCUUCUGAUCCAUUACUUUUUUCUCAGGGUAUUUCAAAUUAUCAAAUAUCUGCACCGUGUAAAUUCAUCAAAUCACCAUUGAGUCAUGGUUAUACAGCUACAAAAUGGUUAGUUCGUGAUGCAACAUUGGAUACUAGUGAAUUAAGAUGUUUUACAUUGCCAAAACCGCAAAUUCUUAAAAUUUUCCAACCUUUGAAUUCUAUGCAUAGUUGUUUAACUUCAUUACACUUUGAAAAAGUUGGUAUUUCUCAUAUAAAUUUAUGUGAAGCUCCACAUUUGAAAAAUAUCACUUUAGAGAAUUGUUCUGACCUAAGAGCUAUUCUAUUCGACAAUUCUUAUGCUUCACCAGCCGAUUGUAAUAAUAAUAAUAGCAAUCAUCAUCAAACUAUCAAUGAUGUCAAUCGCAAAACUAUCGAUCGAUUCCCAGCACUUCGACGUAUUCGAAUUAUUAAUUGUCCGAAAUUUGCAAUUUAUAAUUUUCUCUCCGGUGUUGGUCAACUUUAUCCUGCACACAAUGAAAAUAUAUCCAUUACAUAUAGACCAUUUGGACAAUAUAAUGCUCAGGUAGAACGAGCAUUAUGGGAUUAUUGUCAACAUGCGCAUAUACUUAUAUCACAUGACUAUAAAAUUUGGGAAAGUGAACGUGCUAUGGAAGAGUUUCAUUUGACAUUUGAUCAGUUGUUUAGAGAAGUGAUCAAUUUCUCUGAUAUGGUUAUUCGUCGAGAUCUCCUUCCUAUGUAUCCUCACCUAACCUACGGAAAGUCUACAAAAUUCUGUUUAUAA